GUCGACAACGUUUCGAUAAGAAUGUCUAGGCUCCUUUUAUACCCUUGUCUGUAAAUUCAUUUCACACCCAACUAAAACCCUAGCUAGGAAUUAGAGAGUAUAUAUAUUAAAUAUAUCAUUUCUUUCUUAGCGUCAAUCAUGUACUGCACACUUCUACUUUAACUUUACGUGUUUCAUCAUCUAGGUUCUUAUCUUUUUCUUCAACUUAUGUGACCAAGAAUCACUCGAUCUGUCUAAACUUAGCGGAUUCAAGCUUACUAGGUUUCCACUAUCCUUCGAUAAAAUACCAAAGGAUGAGAACCAACUCAAUGGGAAUAAAACAAGAAGGCGAUAAUCAAUAUCAAGCCACUUCUUUGUCUUCGUUGAGGCAAAAUCCGAGAAUCGUGAGAGCCUCGAGAAUAUUCGGAGGCAAAGACAGACACAGCAAAGUGUGCACAGUUCGUGGUCUUCGAGACAGGAGGAUACGAUUGUCGGCUACGACAGCGAUUCAGCUCUACGACCUUCAAGAACGAUUAGGGCUAAGUCAGCCUAGCAAAGUCAUUGACUGGCUCUUAGAAGCUGCUCAAAAUGACGUCGCUAUGCUUCCCCCUUUGCAGUUCCCACCUGGUUUUCACCCUAAUCUCGCCGCCGCCGCAGCCGCCGGAGAAUCUUUCCCCGGGAUUUUUGAAAGUUUCGAUCUUGGAAGCUGCUCAUCAAGAACUGAUACGAUCCAGAGAGAAGGUUUGAAUCUUGAGAGUCAUGGGUUUGAUAUUGAUCAUCAUUUUUUCUCGAACUCAAACCAUAGAGACAAGCUUUAUUUCCCUAGCAGCAGUUCUUGUCAUUACAACCUCGGACUACUCCAACAGUCACUUCUGGACCAAUCUGGCAACGUUACUGUCGCAUUGUCCAAUAAUAAUAAUCUCAAUCCACAGACGGUGGAAACUAUGAGCUCUCUAUUUCCGAGAUACCCUUUGUUUCUAGAGGGUGGUGAUCAUCAACUUCAACUGUUUAGCUCAAACUCGAACUCCUCCAAGCAAACAGAUCAUGUCGAGUAGUUCUAGCUGGUAGCUUGGUUUUGGACUCUUUCAUAAGUUGAUGCGUCGGAUCAUGUGGCAGAUGGAAGAUGUAUACUAUAUUUUAGAGAGAGAGAGAUCGCUUACAUGGUUUUAAUGAUUUUAUUAUUGGAUUGAGUGUAUGUAUAAUAUAGUAUAGAGCUAGUCUUAUUAAGCAUUAUCCACGCCAACCUCAGUUUGAGCAAAGAUAUUAGUUAUUGCUUGUUUUCGGUAAUGUUUUGGAAAUUAUGUAAGUUUUGUAUGAGAAAGCUACAUUUCUUGUUGCGAGAAAUAUAACGUUUAUGUUACUGUUAGAGAUAUAUGUUUUAAGUGCUUAG